AUGUCUAUCCAUCCAAACCCUUGCUUCCAAAUCCAGAUGGGCCCACUACCCAUCCUAGUGGAACUCAAGAACUCAGAUGUUUAUCUUCAUUCUUAUUGGUUGUAAUAAAAAGCCAACCCCAAAUAAUACAACAACGCAAGUUUUAUGAAACCCGCAGCAGCAGAUAAGAUUAUAAUCAAUUUCCAUAAUAAUAAUGUAGUGUAAUAUAAACAGAUGGAGAAAAAAUAGGGCAUUAUGCCAUGCUGAUCCCGGGGUGGUCACUGGUCAGCACCAAAGCUCAGGGGGGAUGAACUUAACUAAUACACGGUCCACAGUCAUGUGAACCCCAUCAACUUGCUCAGUGGGGUCCCACCUCACCAUACACAGCCCACAACAUCCGCAUACUGUUAUCUUCCCUCUUUCUCUCCUCCCCUUUCCCUCCCACUCCAAUUCCAACUAUUUUCUCCCAUAAAUAUCUAUUUUUAAUUUUUCUCCCGUCUCUGUCCCCACCCCCCAUGAAAUGAAUCUUCCUACUUCCUUACCACAUCCCUUCCUCCCCUCCUCGGGUUGACCCCCCACAUCUCCUUAUAUAUUUACUCUCUCUUACCAUAAAAACCCUAUGGAUUUAUUAUCUCUUUUAUUUCUUCUCUGUUUUUUUUUUGUCAAAUUAACCAAUACGACUGAUUUAAUAUAAUUUAUCUCACAACACUUAUCUAUCCCCUAUAUAUACACAACACAUCACACCACAAACCUUCAAACAAACCCAACUCACACCUCUCUUUGUUGUACCUUUUUUUGGUCAAAACAACACAAACAACAAAUUAACAGCCCUUGUUCUACUACUACUACUACAACAACAACAACAACAUCCUCUGCAUACAACUCAAAAGCAAAAGAAAAAAAAAUGGAUGGAAGCAGCAUAGAUGAAAGCACAACUAGUGAUUCCAUAUCCGUAUCCAUUGCCCCAUCAAAUAUUUCACCUUUGCCUCAGCUCACCAAAUCUCCUGACUCCCUCUACCGCGUUGGGAGUGGAACCAGCGUGAUUGUGGAUUCUGAAUCUGGGGUCGAAGCCGAAUCAAGAAAGCUCCCUUCUUCCAAGUACAAAGGUGUCGUUCCUCAACCCAACGGUCGAUGGGGUGCUCAGAUAUACGAGAAGCACCAACGUGUUUGGCUUGGCACUUUCAAUGAAGAAGAUGAGGCGGCCAAAGCCUAUGACAUAGCAGCUCAAAGGUUUAGGGGUCGUGACGCUGUCACUAACUUCAAACACCUCCACGAAAUGGAGGAUGAUGACAUCCAAAUUGCCUUCCUCAAUUCGCAUUCCAAGGCUGAAAUCGUGGACAUGUUGCGUAAGCAUACCUACAAUGAUGAGCUUGAGCAGAGUCGGAGAAGCUAUGGUUUCGAUGGGAAUGGGAAACGUAUUGUCAGAAAGGAGGAUGGUUUUGGCACCUUAGGCUUUGAGCUCAAAGCACGUGAACAACUCUUCGAGAAAGCUGUGACCCCAAGCGAUGUAGGGAAGUUGAACCGGCUUGUGAUACCUAAGCAACAUGCGGAGAAGUACUUUCCUUUGCAAAGCGGGAGUGCUUCUUCCAAAGGAGUUCUUUUGAACUUCGAAGAUGUGACCGGCAAAGUUUGGAGGUUUAGGUAUUCCUAUUGGAACAGUAGCCAGAGUUAUGUCCUAACAAAAGGGUGGAGCCGCUUUGUUAAGGAGAAGAACCUGAAAGCCAGUGACAUUGUUAGCUUCCAGAGAUCAACAGGGACGGAGAAGCAGCUGUACAUUGACUGGAAGGCAAGAACCGGGUUGGGUUCUGGUUUGGAGAACCCGGUUCAAAUGGUCAGGCUAUUUGGGGUCAACAUAUUUAAAAUGCCUGGCAGUGAAAAUGUUGGUCUAGCUGGUGGAUGUAAUGGGAAAAGGACUAGAGAAAUGGAGCUUUUAGAAUUAGAGUGCAGCAAGAAACAAAGGGUAAUUGAUGCUUUGUAACAUCACCUAAUUAAUUUCCCUUUUUUUUUCUUUUUUUUUUUUCCCCUUCUUUUUUUGUUUUUGGAGCUUUGUGAAUGUUAAAGACGGUGUAGGAAGAAAAAGAAAAGGGGAGGGGGGGACAUGGAGGGGCUGUACCGCUGUAGUAGCAAGUUGUAAAAGUUGAAUUGUAUAUUACAAGACAAAAAGGCUGAAGAAAGCUGAAAUUAGGUGUAAUACAUUUCGUCCAAGAAAAAAAUAUGAAAUAACUGUCAAUUUCUUCUGUUUUUA